GGUCAAAGUUGAGCCUUAGGAAACAUGUUUUUGUAACAGCCUGUGACUGCUUUUUACCUAAGCUUCAUCUUCCACAGGAGCACGCCAGGACCAGCUCAGCGCCAGCGGACUUUAGGGCUCAAAAUGUUUCUCUCCUCAAUACGGACGUCGAUGUUUUGCGGUGGCAGAAGCGUCAGCAAGGGAUUUCAACACAACAGUCGGGGUCCACAGCUUCGACAAUGGCUUGCGAAGAGAGGUCAGAGCACCAUCACAGCAGAAGCGGGGGCCUCCUCCGCCACGGCAGCAGCUGCUGUCCCCAGUGCAGCUACAAAUCGCAUAGUAGGUCGCUGGUUACUAGGCUGCAGCGGGCUGGUGGUCGGGGCUGUUGUCUUGGGUGGUGUCACAAGGCUAACAGAAUCUGGGCUUUCUAUGGUUGACUGGCAUCUGGUGAGAGAGAUGAAGCCACCUCAGUCACAAGCAGAGUGGGAGGCUGAGUUUUCCAAGUACCAGCAAUUUCCUGAAUUCAAAAUAAUGAACCAUGACAUGACUCUGCCAGAGUUUAAGUUUAUCUUCUACAUGGAAUGGGGUCAUCGUAUGUGGGGCAGACUGGUUGGUCUUGCAUACAUCCUCCCCACUAUGUACUUCUGGAAGAAAGGAUACUUCACUCGCUCCAUGAAGGGAAAAGUUCUGGGGCUUUGCGGAUUUGUUUUCUUCCAGGGCCUUCUGGGAUGGUACAUGGUAAAAAGUGGUCUGGAGGAAAAGCCAGAGUCUCAUGACAUCCCACGGGUCAGCCAGUAUCGCCUGAGCGCUCACCUUGGUUCGGCCUUGCUACUCUACUGUGCCAGUCUCUGGACGGGGCUUACUCUGCUGCUGCCUGCGCACAAGAUGGCAGAGACCAGACAUCUCAUGCAGCUCAGAAGGUUUGCCAAGGGUACUGGUGGACUUGUCUUCCUUACUGCUCUUUCAGGUGCUUUUGUUGCUGGUUUGGAUGCUGGGCUGGUGUAUAACUCCUUCCCUAAGAUGGGAGAGCGAUGGAUCCCAGAUGACCUGCUGGCCUUUUCUCCCACCCUCAAGAACUUCUUUGAAAAUCCCACAACUGUGCAGUUCGACCACAGAGUUUUGGCGAUCUCUUCUUUGACCGCAAUUACAGGCCUCUAUCUGUUCUCAAGAAGGUCGGUGCUGCCCAGGAGGGCUAAGGUCGCCAUCAGCCUCCUUGCAGCAGUGGCUUAUGGACAGGUUGCCCUUGGUAUCAGCACCCUGUUACUGUAUGUCCCCACUCCACUGGCAGCAACUCACCAGUCUGGCUCUGUGGCGCUUCUCUCACUGGCCAUUUGGGUUCUGGCAGAGCUCCGCAAGAUGCCCAAGUAAUUGCCUGCUCCUUAACUGACAAAUCCAAUCCCUACCAGCCACAUCUCAAGCCUUUAAGAGUCAGCAGUGUCAUUGUGAACAAGACAUUUAGAGAGAGGGGAAAAAAUGGAAGCGUGAAAAAACGGAUAUGUUUUUUGAUUUAAGAAUGGACAUUUUAUGCAAAUGCUGAAGCAUCUGUCCUGUAGUGCUGCAAAGUCAUCCUCGUAUGGGGACAAUGAAUUAUCUCAUCACACCAUUGUUAAAUCAGAAUGUAAUUUGUUUUGCAAGGACUUACACAAAGACAUGCAAAAGCAAGAACAAGCAAUUUUCAGUUUCUUUUCAGCUUUAAUGACACAGCAAGAGGAUUUCCAGUUAAAGGUACAUAUCUGGUUUGCAGCCAGCCAGAAUUCUGAAGGAACAUGCGAAGUACACUGAAUUACUGUUUUUGUUCAUGCACACAGUUGUAACAGGCUGUUUGAAUGAAAAUUUCAAUUCAAAAUUGUUACUCACCUGUUGCCUUGUGUCUGCUCAUACACUGCCUGUUAGUUGAUUUAGUUGUGGCUGUUAGGAUUACGUAUAAUUGUGUAUAUUUAAAUUAUGAACCAUAUCUUGCUGACAUUAUGAUGAUGGAUUAUAAUGUAAAAAAAAAUGUUGAAUCUUGAUUGUUGCUACGUACUGUAUCUUUAGACAUGUAAAGCUGAAAGUUUUGUCUCAUUUUAAUAAAGACAAUUAUGUACAGUC